AUGGUCCGCGAAACAAAGCAAGACUCAUUUGUAAACGGUUCCAUCGCAAAUACCUGUCUACCUUUUUAUGGCAUAGUGUUGUCCCAGGCAAAGACUGGCGCGCUGGGUGCAGGAAGCGUGUCGGUGGUUGCUGUAUCCCUCGUGGGCUUCGCCUUCAACAGGCCGUGCACGUCUCCUCAAGGGCAGGCCAUCGGAUACACUGGGUGCUUCGACUGGUCUGACUGGCUCUUGUCCAUGCUUGCAAUCCUGGCUGCCUUCGUGAGCAUAGGUUUCAUUGAGCAUGCAACCUCCGCAGCGAUCUGCGCCAUCAGCAAGCACCGCGUGGAGGGGAUCUCCGCCUUGGCGGUGCUGGAAGUCUUCUGUCUCGCCUGUGCGUUGGCGGCGCUGUGCUUGUUGGCGAAGCCCUGGGAGACGUACCAAACCUACGAGGAUGGCCGGACCAAGUCGGUGGAUGAGUGGUCCAUCGAUGUCUGGAUGGUGUUCUUAGGCUACAGCGCUGUGUUUGCUUUCGGAGCCUUGGCAACGGCGCUCGCCCUGGUGCUGAGGAACGUGCUCGUCAAGCCCUGGCAGCGAGAUUCGGGUGACAUGCCGGAUGUGGAGACCAGCUCCGACGGCAGCGGAAGCAGGAGCGAUGCAAGCUACACGGCUUCCUCAACAGCUUCCACACCGCUUGUGAGGUCCCGGAGCUUUCUGCUGGCCUUUGUCCUCGCCUUCCUCUGGUCGUGCUUCCUGUUCACGGCCGUGGUGACGCCCAUUUGGAACUUCUCCAUGAACUCCUACUUCAAGAGCGUCUCCCAAUACGCGCUGUUCUACUGGCCUGUGGGUGAGCUGCCCUGCUCCCUCCUUGACGCGGAGGCCAGCUGCGUGGGCAACGGCCUGUGCCGGGAGAUUUCCCACUGGCUACCAGGAUUCCAACCCGGAGUUGACGCGUGCCCGUGGUUCUCGCUUAAGCCUUUUCCGGACUGCGUCCUUUACUAUGGUUUCCUCACGCUCUGCGUCCUCUGCGGCGCGGUCAUCCACACGAAGCCGCUGUCUUGGCCACCUGGGCUGACGAGUGACCCGAAGUUUGGAACCCAUCCACCCUGGACCCUAAACCCUAAACGCUAA